AUGACGGCCUCUCCUCAGUUUUCGCGAGAUCUUGCGGAACUGGCCUCUCCGUGGACUCCCACGGUCGCCCCCUCUACAGAGGCUGAGCAGCCAUUCUUUGUCAGCCCUGUUGCCUCUCCAAUACCGGAAUUUGAGGUAUAUGGGGAUGUGGCAAGGGCAUCCUCCACAUAUUUCGGUCACGUUCCCUCUACAGGGUCUCCCCCCCGCAGCCGCGUACUGCUUCUCAUCGCGGCCAUUGCCUCGAUAUCAGCGGUGGUAUUCCUUGUUCGUCGUUGUUUCGGGCUGCUCCGUGGGAAGUCUUCUUUGAGGGUUUCUGGAUCUUCCUCACGUCAACUGGCCGAAGAUGACGAUGUGUUUACAUGCUCCGAAGUUCCUGAGGAGGUGGACGAGAGCAGCGGAGUACUGGGCAGUGGGGAGGAACGCCACGGUGCCUCAGGAGGCCUUCUAGGUUAUGUCCAAGGAAUACAGUCCACUGUCCAUCAGCAGCUGGAUUUGUUGGUCCUGACGCGGCCGGAAACGCAAGAUCUUUCUCCGGAUGAGCAUACUUCGGUAGCAAAAGCGCAGGGUUUAAUGCGAUCGUUGAUGUCGAAAUACGACUAUCUCCAGACGCGCAUCAGCGAUCUGAGUAACAGAAUGAGGCGUAUAAAAAGGGAACAAGAAGAACGUGGCAAAGUUGUGGAUGAUGAGGAAACGGAAUCAAGUAGUGCGUCGCAGCUGAUGGCGGUGGAGCAGGAGAUGUCAUUGGAGGAGAAAGAGCUGGAAACUAUCAAGCAGCAGCUCGAAGACAAGCGCUACACGUCGAGGCAAGAAGUCAUGGCUUUAUUUAUAAGAGCAGAAAUCUUUGCUUCAGGUCGUUUCAUAUGCUCAACAGCCUCCCAGGCACUUGCAGCGCAAGCAGUAGUCUUGGGAACAUCUAGUACCCUCCCCACGACCCUUACGAGUGACCGGAAGCUGCGUGUAGAUCUACUUGCAACAGAGCUAUUGCUUCAGAGCAGUUCUUGCCGCAGAGAGUUAGAGCGUCUGCAGCACGAACACAUUUCUCUCCCAGUGCACAGUAACGAUGCGGCAGCAGCCAUUGCAGCGCCUAUUACCAACCGUGCAAGAACGUUUCUCUUGGAUUUGCAAGAUACAGCGAGUCAAAUGCGCCAAGCAGGCAUGCAAUCACGAGCACACGAAAUGCAGAAAGAGGCGGAGAGGAUGAUACGUGCACUGGAGGCAAGUGGGGUCUUGGUAGAGCGGAGCUCUCCUAAGACGAUGAAACGCGCCUGGCGUCCUGGACCCUCAUAUGAGGAAGGUAUUGAAACUCGUUUGCCGCUAUGGCGUCCUGUGGGUAAUCGUGGGCAUCCUUGGCAGCGGUCACCAUCUGCGGAGUUGUUUCUUCCUUCUGAUUGGCUGGACGAAGACUCAUCUUCUUCCUCUGGGCUUCCUGAGCAUUUCCUAGGAGGCUUUCAAACAACACCAAAAUUCACUGCCUCCUCCCGUUCCGUUGAUUCAGCUACAUCUCGACCGCGUCAAUCAACGCCUACCUUACUACAAGGAACAGCGAGUCCUUGGGGUUCUUCUCCUGUCCAAACGAAGCGUCUAUGGCGGUCCUAUCCUGAGAUAUCGACUAGCACAAGCGUUGAACUGUCAUCGUUUGGUGCUGCUGCUGCAGCAGAAUCUCCAGCAGUUUCAAGUGAAAGGCGUUGGCGUCAUCAUGGUGUCAGUCACGAACCUUCACAGGAUGAUUCCGAGGAAUCCUCUGAUGCAACAUCUGAGCAGGAAAUUGAAUACUUCUGGUCAACAGGGACUUUACCCUCUGAGAGCCAACGAGGGCACCACCAUACUCAUGGUGUUUCCAGGCACGAGAAGGAGGGAGAUGACUUGGCUCGCAGGGGGCUUAAAGAUAUGUCAUCAUGGAUUAGCAGUUCGGAGAGCGCUAUGCAGGAAACAAGCAUUGGUUAUCUCCAAAUCGAGAAGCUUAGAUAUCAAAUAAAGAAAGGACACAGUAUUACAUCUUCCUGGAGUCGCGCAAGAGACGACACAGCAUCUUCCCGUAUGAGUCGUACCCUUAUUAAGGAAUUACGAGAUCGAUUGACAGCCUGCGAGAAGGUCUUAGGACGGCUAACAACGAAACUUGUCGAUAGGUCUUUGCAUGCAAUUUCAUUAUCAGAAGAAGCAGUAAAGAACUCUAUUGUGUCAUUAGAGCAAGGCUUGGAGAAUGCUCUUACUAGCGGGCUUAAUCGUUUCAUCUUUGGAAGAAUUCUUGUUGGUGUUGCAGAUACCAUUAUAAAAAGUAAAACAACGCAUUCAUCUUAUAGCCAAAUCAUGCGUGAAGUUCCUGAGGCCUCUGGUCAGUUAAGUGAGGCUUUAUUACGCUUAGCUCGAUUAUCCUCUAAAGCAGCAACUAUGCUUACUGAUGCAUCUACAAAGGUGCCACCAGGAGAAAAGGAUGCUCCGGGAGAGGGAACGUCGGCACGAGGAAUACCAGCAGCUGUAACAGCAGCAACAACAGCACCAAAAGCAACAACAACAACAGCAACAACAACAGCAGGUGCAGCUCGCCCUCACAGCAGCAGUACCGGUCCAACACUGUCUAAAACAGAAUAUCUUAUGAAAAGCGCCGGAAUGAAAGAUGAAAGUCGUCGUGGGUCGUCAUCGGGAGCGCUGCGGCAGCAGCAGCGGCAGCAGCAGCAGCAGGCGAAAGACCCAGAUGACAGCGGCGCAGCACUGAUGGCUGAAGCAGCGGCGAAGGCAUCCGCUGUGCUAACAAGCAGACAGCAACAAUGA